UGUAGUUUCUGGCCGAGGCGAGCCGGGCUGGCGCCGAGAGGCCGCCGAGGCAGGCGCGCGGCGGGCAGGCCUGGAGGGGGCGGUUCUGCGCGGGCCUCCCGCUGCCUGCCCCGCCAGAGCACCCGGAGGUCACGGCGUGACCGCCGCCGCCACUCGUACGGAGUCGCCGGGCGCAGCCAUGGCGUACUGCCGCCAGGAAGGGAAGGAUCGAAUCAUAUUUGUGACCAAAGAAGAUCAUGAGACUCCAAGCAGUGCGGAGCUGGUGGCUGAUGACCCCGACGACCCCUACGAGGAGCAUGGGUUGAUACUGCCCAAUGGAGACAUUAACUGGAACUGCCCUUGCCUUGGCGGCAUGGCCAGUGGCCCCUGCGGGGAGCAGUUCAAGUCCGCCUUCUCCUGCUUCCACUAUAGCAAGGAGGAGCUCAAGGGAUCAGACUGUGUAGACCAGUUCCGGGCCAUGCAGGAGUGUAUGCAGAAAUACCCGGAUCUCUAUCCCCAAGAGGAUGAGGAAGAGGAGGAAGAGAGAACGCCAGCAGAAGGAGUGGCCGAAGCAGCUGUGAGUGAGGCCCCUGCCACCAAAGAAGAGAAGGGACCCAGCUAAUGAAGGCCUCCGGUGCUGGGCUCCGGGCCUCCCACCUCCAAGUGACACGGACCUCUUACACAAUGCUUUUUCAUCCACCUCUGGCUGCUCUCUGCACUGUAAUGUACAAAAUAACUUAUUGUGUUGAUUGGGGUUUGGCCCCUUGAUGUAUACACUGGAAGGAGAAAUGGGGAGUGUGGGUAUGUGUGUCUUACGUAAACCUAUCAGUGAUUGUAGCUGCCACUUCAGAAUUCUCUCAGCCCCGAGUUUUGCCACUUUGAAAUAAUGUGCUGAAUAGUCUCAGCAACCAAAAAUGACUACCAGGAAUAUUUCUUGUGAGCUGACUUAUUCUCUUUUAUCCUAUCUCUCAGUGGAUAUAUUUCCUAGGGAAAUUGGAGC